AUGCUAACAACGGCUCAACAACCACUUCCACAGAGACCUCGUGGAGAUAAUAAUGGUGUUGACCUACAACAUAAUGUACCGCAGCAGCAAGAACAACAUUACCCGCAGCAACAGUUCUAUCCACAAGCGCCAAAUUUUCAAGAACGAGUACAAGUAUAUGGUAAUAACCAAAACCAGUUAGCGCACGGUGCGGCUGAUCAGAGACGAUAUGUGCCUCAUCAGCCAACCUUAGGCGACUAUAUUCCUGGUCAUAACCGUCUACUUCAAGGUGCAGCUGAUCAAAGACCAUAUCAGCCCCAACAGCCAGAUUACAGGGCUUUUCGAAACGGCCAAGGACCAGUAAUACAAGAAGAUAGACGGUUUGACAAUAGACCAUUUCUAGUUGAUCAUUGGACAAGGCGCAACUAUAACCAAUGGCAGAAUGGUGGAUUUGACCGACCGUUCGUGCCAAGAACCAAUGGUCAGACUAAUAGAAUGAAACAUGAUGGUAGACCAUGGCAGCAGCAACAGCCAUUUGUUAGGUUUAAUGAUCCGUAUUACAACGGAUCUGCUAACCAGCAAGGCGGCAUGGCACUGACGCCAGAGCAGCAACAGCGACGCACUUUUUUGAAUCGAAAAAGACAAGCUCGCAAUAAACGACUAUUUAAUAAUAGGAAAAAUAAUUAUAAUGAGGCCGAUGCUUUACUAGUAGGCAACCGUUUCAAUGUUUUGCAAACAUUAGACCAGGACGGUGUUUUGCCCGCCGAAAGCGUAGAGGUUAUACCGGAGGCCACUAGUAGUAAAAAGCAGGCAUCAGUGAAAAAUUCGAAAAAAACAUCGAAGAAAGCAAAACAGAAAGCAAAAAAAGCAAGCGCUCAAAUAAAUAAACCAGUCUCAUUAGAU